AGUUACAUGAAUCUGAUCUCCCUUUUGAGCCAGUGUAGUUCUGUAGGCAAGGUUUUACCAAAAUCAUUUUCUCCACUGUAGUCUUUCCUUGUCCCAGCCCAAACCAUUCCCACAUCUCCUCCACUUGCUCACUCACCACUAGCAGUCUUCAAGUAGGGGGAACCCUCAAAACUUCAACCCUUCGGUAUCUUUUUUUUCCUGGAGGCUUUUGAGGUGCUGGCUAGGAAUUUCCCAUCAAUCUCUCUCUUUGGAAGGAUCCAUCAGUGUCUACCAGUCCUUUGAGGACUUCUGGGAGCUGCUAGAUGUCUGUGCUAGAGCAACUGGGAUAGAUAUUUGCAGCCAGGAGUGGUGGGAGGAACAGACUGUGAUGCCCUCCUGAAGUCACGUGUGGUGAUCGUGAACUGUCUACUCACCCUAUGGGGCCUCAUAUAAUUAGAGAGUGAUUGUGUCCUGACUCAGCAGCCUCUCUGAAGGUACUCAUUGCAGGGUGGGAGCUGUUCAGCAACCUUGACUGCAGGUAGAAGCGAUGAGAUCAGAGAGAGGAUGCAGAAACUUCAUCACAAGACCUGCUAUUUUGGUUCAGCAGAUGGAUUUGAUUUCAGAUUUGAACUGUAAUGGAGUGAGAUCAGCAGGAGGGUCUCUGGCAGGAUAUCUCCUUCACGGCUGCAAGGAGAUCAGCAGGAGGUAUUUUCACUCAUCUGUGUCUUUCUGUGCUUUCAGAGCCCAUCAUGAAGAGCUGUCUUUGGGCCUGGACCCUGCUUUUGAAUACACUGUCUGGAAGAAGCUAUGGACAAACUUCAUUACAAGAUGAAAUUAAAGACAAUACUACAGUGUUUACCAGAAUACUGGAUCGUCUGCUGGAUGGUUAUGAUAACCGCCUGAGACCAGGAUUGGGAGAGCGUGUAACUGAAGUGAAGACUGACAUCUUCGUCACCAGCUUUGGGCCUGUUUCCGACCAUGAUAUGGAAUAUACAAUAGAUGUAUUUUUCCGUCAAAGUUGGAGAGAUGAGAGACUAAAAUUCAAAGGACCCAUGACAGUCCUCCGGCUAAAUAAUUUAAUGGCCAGCAAGAUUUGGACACCUGACACUUUUUUCCACAAUGGAAAGAAAUCAGUGGCUCACAACAUGACGAUGCCUAACAAACUACUACGAAUUACAGAGGAUGGGACACUGCUGUAUACAAUGAGACUGACUGUGAGAGCAGAAUGUCCAAUGCAUUUAGAAGACUUUCCAAUGGAUGCACAUGCUUGCCCAUUGAAAUUUGGAAGCUAUGCCUAUACCAGAGCGGAGGUUGUGUAUGAAUGGACAAGGGAACCAGCGAGGUCUGUGGUUGUGGCUGAAGAUGGCUCUCGAUUGAACCAAUAUGAUCUUCUGGGGCAAACUGUGGACUCUGGAAUUGUUCAGUCCAGUACAGGGGAGUAUGUUGUUAUGACUACCCACUUCCAUUUGAAGAGAAAGAUUGGUUACUUUGUCAUUCAGACUUAUCUACCAUGCAUCAUGACAGUGAUUCUGUCCCAGGUGUCCUUCUGGCUUAACAGAGAAUCUGUUCCAGCAAGAACUGUAUUUGGAGUGACAACUGUUCUCACAAUGACCACCUUGAGCAUCAGUGCAAGAAAUUCCCUUCCAAAGGUGGCCUAUGCCACAGCUAUGGAUUGGUUUAUAGCAGUGUGCUAUGCAUUUGUGUUUUCAGCACUCAUUGAAUUUGCAACAGUGAACUACUUCACAAAGAGAGGUUACGCAUGGGAUGGCAAAAGUGUUGUUCCUGAAAAGCCAAAGAAACUGAAGGAUCCCCUCAUUAAGAAAAAUAACACAUACACAGCAGCAGCAACAAGCUACACCCCUAAUAUUGCCAGAGACCCUGGGCUGGCUACCAUUGCUAAAAGUGCAACAAUAGAGCCCAAAGAUGUUAAACCAGAAACAAAACCACCAGAACCCAAGAAAACUUUUAACAGUGUCAGCAAAAUUGAUCGACUAUCAAGAAUAGCUUUCCCACUGCUUUUUGGUAUCUUUAAUUUAGUCUACUGGGCAACUUAUUUAAACAGAGAACCCCAGCUGAAAGCCCCAACUCCACAUCAAUAACCCUGUUAACUCAUGUAGUUUUGUUCAGUCUUUUGCACUGGGGAUUGCUUUCAGUUUGACACACAGUAAUUCCCAGUUGCUUCAUUGCCUCUGUCUUAAAGAAAAUGAAGGUUUCCUUAUUUAAAAAAAAGUAUAUAUAUAUAUAUUUUAAAGAAGUAACCCUGUAUACUAGGGCCAUAACAAUGUGAUGUGUACACCUGGGAACCAUGAUUCUGAAGAAGGGAGAGGAAAAGUUCAGUAAUGAAAAUAAAUUCAAAACCAUUUGUAGAUAGCUUAUUACUGAAUAUCCCAACAAAGAUACUGUACAUGUAUGUGAAAUAUUUUUAUGCAAAAUAAUUGUGGGGGAAAAUACUCUAUGAUGUUCAUGUAGCACAUACUGUAGUGUACUUACCAUUUACAAAGCACUGUUUAUGUUAUAUUUUUUUCAAGGCUGUAAGGCUUUCAAUUUUGUCAAAUUCCAUGAGAUACAUUAUGUUUCCAGCUCUUCUCUCCCCUCUCUCCCCUCCCACCCCCCCCGCGCCCCA